AUGAAUACAGUCAAAGUCGAUCGCUGUUAUUUCCCAGGGUACAACCCUGACUGCUAUAACUCCUUGAAUCUGCACGUCUUCAUAGACGCUGGCGAGGAAGCCUACGCUGCAGCAGCCUAUUUUCGCGUUGUGGACAAUGGUCGUGUUCGUUGUAUUCUGGUGUCUUCGAAGACGAAAGUCGCUCCACUCCAACCCCUCUCCAUACCUAGAUUGGAGUUGCAAGCCGCAGUACUUGGGGCUCGUUUGCGGAAGACGAUUGAGCAGAAGCAUUCGCUCAAAAUUCAACGCACCUUUUUCUGGAGCGACUCCUCUACAGUCAUCGCAUGGAUUAAAUCGGACGCUCGUCGCUAUAGACAAUUCGUGGCCUUUCGAGUUAAUGAAAUCCUCAGCCUGUCAUCCGUUCAAGAGUGGCGGUGGGUGCCCACAAAACUCAACGUUGCUGACGAAGCCACUAAGUGGGGAAAAGGACCAUCUUUUGAUCCAGACAGCCGAUGGUAUCGUGGACCUAAAUUUCUGUAUGACAGCGAACACGAAUGGCCAAGGGAUUGCAGAGAAGAAAAUAGCACUACAGCGGAGGAACUUCGUUCAGCUUUUGUUCAUAAACAUCACGUUAUCGAGCAAGUGGUAAAGCGAUUUUCUCGGUUGGAACGACUACUACGGAGCAUGGCUUACGUCGUGCGAUUCAUCGACAACGGAAUCCGGUUGAUCAGAGAAAAACCGUUGCAGUUGGACGCGUUAACUACGGAGGAGCUGCAGAACGCCGAACGGUGUCUAUGGCGAAUUGCUCAGAGCGAUGAAUUCCCGGAUGAAGUGGCAGUGUUCAAACAUAAUCUUCAGUCGGACCCAACACAUCGUCGUAAACUGGAUCGAAAUAGUCCCCUGAAAAAACUCACUCCAGCAAUCGACGAGUUCAACGUACUUCGUGUUGACGGUCGUAUUCAGGAAGCAGAUUUCGUUGACUACGACACCAGAAACCCAAUCAUCCUGCCUAGAGGACAUCCGGUAACCGACCUCCUACUGGACUGGUAUCAUCGAAAAAUCCAGCAUGCAAAUGAUGAAACAGUAGUAAAUGAAGUCAGGCAGCGUUUCUACAUACCGAAGCUGAGAGUACAGGUGCGAUUGGUGAGGAAACGAUGUAUGUGGUGCCGAGUGUAUAAGGCAGCCCCGGCUGCACCCAGAAUGGGACCACUUCCAAAAGCCAGACUGAUGCCUUUCCAUCGUCCGUUCACUAUGGUUGGAAUUGAUCUUUUUGGACCUUACAUCAUCCGACCACCGACAGGAAGAAGUUCCCUGAAACGGUGGGUCGUUUUAUUCACCUGCUUGACAACCAGGGCGGUGCACUUGGAGAUUGCAGCCAACUUAUCGACGGAUUCCUGCAAGAAAGCGAUUCGUCGAUUCAUCGGCCGCAGAGGUGCUCCACUUGAAAUCUACUCGGACAACGGGACAAAUUUUGUCGGUGCGAGUAGAGAGCUAGUGAAGGAAAUUAAAAUUAUCAAUAAGGAUAUCAGCAGCACGUUCACCGACACCCAGACUCAGUGGCGGUUUAAUCCGCCGUCCGCACCACACAUGGGGGGAUGCUGGGAAAGGAUGGUGCGUUCAGUAAAAGCCGCUUUGGGAGCUCUCCCAACCGUUCGCACACUCGACGAGGAGUCAUUCGCAACUGUACUCGUUGAGGCGGAGUUCAUGGUCAACUCAAGACCUCUCACUUUCGUCCCGCUGGAAACCGCUGAACACGAGUCGCUCACACCAAACCACUUCCUCCUCCUCAGCUCACCAGGGGUACGACAGCCGAUCAAGACUCCUGUGGACGAAAAAGCCGCAAUCCAAAACAGCUGGAACAUGAUUCAGAACACGCUUGAUCAAAUUUGGCGGCGAUGGGUCAACGAAUACCUCCCAACCAUUACUCGAAGGACUAAGUGGUUCGAAAAUAUCAGACCUAUACGAGAGGGUGAGCUAGUUGUAUUAGUCGACAAUAAUGUUAGGAAUCGGUGGCUAAGGGGUCGGGUGGUACGAACAUAUCCAGGUAAAGAUGGUACAGUACGAAGGGUUGAUGUACAGACAUCCGGCGGCAUUAUAUCACGACCGGUCAUCAAACUAGCUGUUCUCGAUGUGAAGGCAGAAUGUGACGCCGAAGCAGGAGUUCUGGCGACACAAGGGGGGGAAUGUUAG